AACUUCAGUUGUUUAUUUAUAAUAUAUAUUAUAUGAAUAUGGAUUAUAUUCUCCACAAGUUGAAAUAAAACCUAGACGUACGGGUCUUGGUGCUGUAUUCAAGUAUUAUAUUAGAUUUCUUUUUGUUCGUUUUCCACCAUAAAUAUAUGGUCUAGUUUCAAUUAGAUCUUAUAUAAUUGGUUCAAGAUAACUUCUAGCUAUGCUGCAUAUAUAUUACUAUAUCCUAAUCUCUUUUUUUUUGACUGCUUACUAGUAGUACUAUAAUUUUAUACGUAUACUUGGAUAUUAUUUAAUAACUUUAGAAGAACUUUAGUAGAUAUGGAAGAUAAUUACCACAAGUUGAAUGUCCCUUUUGUAUGUUUUACAGUGGGUCAUAUUGAUGGCAACAUUAACGUUUAUUCUUACACUGCUGCUGGAUUGCAUCUAGGAGGACUCGUGUGUGCUGCUGCUGCUAAUAAUAAUAAUAACUACCUUCACAUGGAACACAACCGAUCAGAUCUAAUAAGGUUGGAUAUGACGACGGAUCGAAUUAUCAAGAACCAGAUCGCAACUCACCCUCUUUAUCCAAAUCUACUAUCUGCUUUUUUAGAAUGCCAAAAGGUUGGGGCACCAACAGAACUUGCGUCUCUUCUUGAAGAAAUAGGGCGUGAAAGCCACCCAAAUAAUGCUUUCCGUGAGAUAGGAGAUGAUCCUGACCUUGACCACUUCAUGGAAUCAUACUGUGAAGUUCUUCAUAGAUACAAAGAGGAGUUAUCCAAGCCCCUCAAUGAAGCAACAUUAUUUCUGUGUAAUAUUGAAUCACAACUAAACGAACUUUGCAAGGGGACACAGACAAUGUCAUCCGAUUACAACCGUUCAGAUCAUGAGGCAGCAGGGACAUCAGAGGAUGAAAUGAGUUGUGGAAAGGUUGAAGCAGUAGAAGGUGGUCAUGAUGAACUUUGUGGCACAUCAUGUCCAGGUGAUAAAGAGCUUAAAGAAAUGCUUCUUCGUAAGUAUGGGGGUUACCUUAGCAACUUAAGACAGGAAUUUCUCAAGAAAAGGAAAAAGGGUAAACUACCAAAGGAUGCAAGAAAAGCAUUGAUGGAUUGGUGGAACGUCCACUAUAGGUGGCCUUAUCCCACGGAGGAGGAGAAACUGCAGCUAUCAGAUAUGACUGGACUUGAUAUAAAGCAGAUAAAUAAUUGGUUCAUCAAUCAGAGGAAAAGACACUGGAAACCAUCUGAAGAUAUGAGAUUUUCCAUUAUGGAGGGUGUAAGUAGCACCGGCAUAGCAGGACCUCUGUAAGUUAAUUCUGCAGGUGGAGUAGAAUCGUCGAGUCUUGUUUUAAUCUCCGAAAGAAGUUUACCCUUUUGCUUGAAUUAAUGUGAUGGAAAUGAUAUUAGCUAGGCUUCGGCCAUCUCAAAAGUCCAAUCAAGAACAUUACGCCUAUGUUAAUUUUCUGAACCGGCACCUAUGUCACUCACUAAGUAGGUCUGUUGAGCUUGUAUACACAUACUUGUGUUCAGGAUAUGCUAGUUAAAAUAUUAUUAGUUAUCUGUAUCAUGGAUUCAUGUUUCAGAAUCUCAUUAUUUUAUGACAAAUUUGUAUAGAUAUGUGCAAUUGAUGUUAAUUUGAAGAUAAACCUGGGAAUGUAAUGCAUGCAUUGAAAAUAACUAUUCAUGAUUUUAGAAGCGUGUA